AUGGCGGUCAGCUCCUUUGAUGGAACUGACCAGGGUUUUGAACUGAUUGUCAAUCCCCAUGCCAGAGCUGUGAUCAUUACGCUCACCGGUCUCAUUUUCUACGACACGGACCCGUUCCAUGAUCGGGACGAACUCCUUCGUGAAGCGUACGAAGCGGUUGGAGAUAUUGGUCCUCUCCGCUUGCAAAGGGUGUGGCCGCAUAUGCCGGGACUACCGCCACUGCAAUUCGCUCAAGCCGAGCAGUCCGCUCUUCAGGUCACCUAUGUAGUCGAUGCCCGUGCAGUUGGGGGUGAAAUUAGCCUGGUGUACUUGGGACCCCGGACCCCUGUUGCCGAUGUACUUAUGCAACUCCCUACCUUCAGGCAAGCGGGUCCCACUGGACCUGAGAUUCUGCGAGGACUUCACGAGGGUCAAUUGAGGCUCCUCCAUCAGGAAGUUGUAAUUUCUCCCACAACUUCCCUUGAUAGUGACCCCCCUGUUUGCCUGACUCUUGUCCCUCACCGCAGACCUCACACAAUGGGCCAAGCUAGGGCUAGAACUGAGACCUCCACGCAGCCGACGGCGGACGCCACUUUGUCGCAUCCCGGAGGUAACACGGCAGCCUCAGCUCCUCAAGCGAACCCUAGCGCUGCUGGAUGGAUCAGUCUCGGGUUACUUCGCCAGGGAUGGUUGAGGAAUGUGCUCUUAGCGGGGUACUUCGCGACCUUGGCCUCUGCUGGUCGUGCGGUUAGUGAGCCUACUGACUUGACUGGCACGGCUAGAACCAUGCCUCUUCCCCGGUUCCAGCCCGAUCUGGUGUAUCACGACGCCUCGAUGCACCUCCGACUGCAACAAGGUUUUGUCACAGGCCUGGAGGGUGACUUUCUGCCGAUUGUCUCUGGGUAUGGCACCCUCCAUCAUGAUCUAGAGGUCAACGUCUGCCUCUGGGCCCCGGACCACUUUGAGGAAUUCAGAGUCCCAGGAUCCAUGUCUAGACAUCGCCUUCGUGAGACACUCACCGAGAAAGCUAGGUCGUGGGGCCGAGGCCAAGUUGUCCCUGCAGCUACGUCGCCACAUGCUCUGGCUGUACACUUCGUCGCUGUUACCACUGAAUCGGGAUAUCGCACAACGCUCUUCGCAUCGGAUACAUCCUGCAUUUGCAUCGAUGUGCCUCGUGAAGCUCCGCAGGACUUCCUCUUGAGACAGUGUGAAGCUAAGUUGAGAUCCGACUGUGUGCGUUUCCUGCCGAUGGCCACGCCGCUCCGGCACGGUGAUGUCAUUCGGGUUGAGCUUGACAAGGAAUUUGGGCGAGCUGAUGCCAGCCGCUUUCUCCUUUACUCUGAGCUCGCUCGGCCAUCUCGGUGGUUAGAUGUGCUGCCGUAUCGUCAGAUUGCGGUUUUGACGGUUCAUCGCGGGGUGCAAAUUCUGCACGAUACCGUCACUGGCCGAAGCCCUCACAGUGCAGUUCAGGCAUGGCUUCGGGAGCGGAAUCAUGCGCCUAGGCAGGCUGUGGAGGUCCUGGAGCUCUCCAACCUGGUAGGUUUUCCAUGUUUCCAGACCAUUGUAGCUGGUGCCACUAAUGCCGUCCUGUGGUUGCACGACCAUUUUGGCAAUCCCAACACUGGGCUAGCCCUGGCCGCUGUUGGCUCUUUCUCUGUCGCGGUCGAUGUGCUCGAAGCAUGUGCACGAACGUCCACUUCAGCCAGAGCAGUGUGCAGCUUGGUGUCCACCGCAGAUCUCAGGACCGUCCAAACCGUGCAUGGCCUGUGUGCCCAAGGCACGGGCACCAAGACCCUGUUUGUUCGUAUGGCAUUUGACCUGCAAGCUCUUCCUGGCGACAGCAUUUCUGUCCACCGUCAAAGGGCAACAGUUCUGCGCACUAGGCCUCCCACCGGGUUAGCCGGAUCAGGUCGCAAUCCGUCCUCCAGGCAAGGUGCUGCUACCACUAGGGCCGCCUCACCGGUCCGAAGCCCUUCUCCUCGGGUUGCAGUACCGGUCUGUCAUCCCUCACAUCUUCAGGAUGCUGACGGAGACCUCCGAGUCAUCCGGUGCGAAACCGCUGACGUGACGUGUGUUGUCCGCUGUGGUCCACACAUGCAGAUUUGGGCCUUGAAGAUCGAGGGUAGAUGGAACGGUGCAUGCACUCCCCAGGUCUCUUGGGACGCGGUUGUGUCCCUCGGCGGCCUCACUCCGUGGGAUGCUGCUGAUCUUGUUGUCACAACUGAGGACCAAUGGUGGCGAUACCCUCAAGAUUUAAGCACUGCCACGGGGCGAUGCCUCACUCUGCAUCAGACCUGCGAAAGCGGUCGGGAGGUUCUGGGGCAAGGGGCCGCCCCUUCGGCCCACCAAGCCGCCUCGGUUGUGAGUGUCGCUCUCUGGGCUCUUGGGAAGGCCCCACUUAAAUGGCUCUCCCUCGGGUGGAUCCUCGGUGUCAUUGCGCGACCAGCUCAGCAGGCUUCUCCCACAUCUGAAGAAUCCUCAAAUCCCAAUGCCACCGACAGCGAGCCUUCUCUUCCCUUCUCCACUGUUGCAGUUGAAGAUCAGAGGGACGAGUGCUGGAAUCCUCCCCUCACGCCUGCUCUCGAGGCUAGUGCAAUGGCCGCUAUGUUCCCUCUAGACCCUCAGCAUAUCUACCCGUGGUUAUGCUCACUCGGGGCCACAAGUCAUGACCUUCGGCUUUGGACUGCCAUGCGAGGGCCCGCCUUGGUCAGGUGGACAGACACCGCAUCUGAGUUUGAUCAGGCUCUCAGGUUCGGCGGCUUUUGUCCUGAGGAACAUGAUUUGUUUGUGGCUGCUGACACAGACCCGCACACGCUUGAGCUAGUGGCUGUGCCGCGAGGACAAGGUAGCUGGUGGAUUGUCCGUGACUUACUUAGUCGCGAGCUCCUUCGACCAGUCAUUUGGUUUCCCUGUGCUGGACAUCGGCUGGCGGUUACCACGAACUCUGCGGGUGAGGUCAAUGCUCUGGCCCAUCACAGCCGGCUGGCACGAUGCACGAUCCCACCUCAAGGAGCACGGGCAACUGUUGUCAAUCCGGUUGAUGGUUUUACUGCGGCGCUCGGCCAAGGGGGGCUUAUACUUGCACUUGGUUCUGCUUGGCGAACCGUACCCUUGAUGAGCACCAUCAGCUUGGUUUGCCUUCUCCUCGCGGGGUUGCCGGGGGUCUCUGGAGCACAAGUUGCCUCCACUGGAAUCCGUCCGGGCCGCCAGCUCAGCCUGGUCGCCAUGUGGUUACUUGACGUCGAGGUCUGGACAGGGCACUCCAUGCAACAAGCAGUCCAGAUUCCACAGGUGCGCGUGUAUACGGCCAUCCGCAUCUGGAUCGUCGAUCAUCCAUCCCCCAUUCAAUUGUCAGGGCCUCCUUGGCCGACUGAGGAGGAAAUUCAUGGCAUUGUUCAGCUAGGAGGGUUCGGGGUCGAGCGGGGCACCCUCAUUCCCAUCCGUGGUGCGGCUGACCCAGCCAUCUAUGAUGCCGCCUAUGUACCCCUGCAUUUCGGCCAUUCUGGAAUAGCUGCUUGCCUUGUGCAGCUCGACGGCCGCGCUGCGGUUUUUGCUUUCGAUGCGCAACACUUCGACUGGGCUGCCUUCGGACGGUGGGUCGCGGAUGUUUUCCGCGAUGCCACCCCGUCACAGUCAUUCGGGUUUAGUUUGGGCAACUGUGGGUACUCAUAUGGACAGGCAGUUCAGAUAAGGAAUGGUGAUCUCGUCGUUCUGCACUGCCCACGACACCGUCACACUGCUUAUCUAGCACCUCCUGAUCCAUGGGCGCUUGAGUCCCCACCCCCUUUGCCAGCCCGGAUGCUUCAAACGGGCCCCACACGAGAAGCACCCAUCAAUGCUUACUUGGUGCCGCAAGGAGCCGAGGGAGUUGGAACAGGUGGUCACCGCAGGUGGGCACUCAGCCUCGCCGUUGGCCCUAGCUCACUCCAGCCAGCUCUUCCUGCUGGCCCUGCGAGCUCCACUGCUUGUGGGGUCCCAGCAGCAGCUGUCAUCUGCUCACGGAACAGUUGUCCUUCCCUGCAGGCCUGCCCGUCGUUGAUCACUCAACGGCAUGCUGCUAUCCAAACGGAACCGGGCACGGCCACGUUAGACGAUGUCUGGUGGGCUAUCCAGGAUAUGCAAUGCCAACUCGCUGCCCUGGCUGCCCAGGCGCAUGUGCCAGCGGCCGAAGGUUUGCCCUCUGCAGAGGUUCCCUUACUGCAAGGGCGAGGCCGAGAGGUCGACACCACUCCCACCUUCCGCGGGACCGAGAACUCCGGAUCUCUUCGGCCUGCCCUUCUUGUGCCUGGUAUCUGUCUCUUUGCCGGAGUUGCCUUGCAGAAGCACUCGGCUGCACGUACGUGGGUCAUGCCCCUUGCCUUUCUCCUUCCGAUCUGGGGUGCGCCCACUCUGGCGGGGGAUCGAAGUCGGUCGAGGUCUCCUGUGCCUGCCGGCCGACACAUGCCCUUCCUUCAUUCAGGAGGCCAAGGGCCUUGUGGGUCUACCGGCCAGCAUCGGCAUGCGCAUACGCUCGGCCAUUUUCCUGGCAGACCACUUGCGGUAAGCGUUGCUGAGGACAGCAGGGCGCGCACCUCUGCCCCAAUCUCGGAAGAACAACCCCUCAACUUUCUCCGGGUUGCUGAUGCGCCUUCCAUUCAGCAUGUGCAGUCUGUCUACUUGCAAGCGGAAGCGUCUGCUGGCAUGGGAGUCCGUUUGGGAGCUUCACUCACACGUGUUCCCCUUUGCUUGCAUGAUCCCUUUCAACGACGGGGAUGCGCCCCUCUUUGGCUCCCAGGGGGAAGCCCGGGUCAGGCUGCUUUGGCUAAUGACUUUCUGCAGGACCAUGCCCUGUUGAGGGGAUGGCCAGCCCUGGUCCCUGUCCGUCCACAGCCCGACUGCGGAGCACUUCAUAUGAUUCCACGUGCUGUCGACCCUCUUCGUGCCAAUGUGAUCCUGCGUGGCGAUGACGAACGGCUUUGGGCUGUUUCUCUCCCCUCCCACCUCACGGGCGAUGAUGUCCAACAUCUUACCUUGGAGGGUAGUCGCAUCAGCCUUCGCACUCCUCAGGAAGAGGGCUCAACUGCGGCAACCACUGCCAUGACUCUGCGUGACGGUGACUGUGUUCGAUUUGCAUAUGCUGGACCUCCACGACCUGAGCCUGUCCCAAACGGCUCAUACACCAGCAGGAGCACGGGGUGGAGGCCACUCUUUUGGCUCACUCUCCUUUCGCCUGGUCUUGGCAGGAUGCGUUGGGUCCUGCUCUGCUGGUUGUGCACUGGGGCUUGUGCAAUGUUCGAACCGCGCUCCACAGGUCCCGUCUUUGUUCCCUUUCCUGACUAUGUCAGGCAAGGGUUGCACACUAACCUGGUGAGGGUUGGUCGUUUUCCGUGGCGUACACACUUUGAUGAGGCGAACCUACUCAUGCUUGUCGAGGGCCGGCAAUGCCAGGUCGCCUGCCUUAGCCCCUUCUGGGGCGCGGGCAAAGCAGUCAGUGUGGAUGCUGAGGCUUCUUGCACCCAUUCCUUCAGUCGGGCGGACAAGGACAGGAUCCUUUGGGCAGACGGCUAUGCUCCAGUUUGGCCAGCUCCAGUUGCGGUUGAGCUCACGGUUGUCCCGACCCCUCCGGAUCCUACUACUGUCUGUAUCGUUGCGAGAGUCUGGCACGCCACUGUUGCGUUACUGACACCGCGAGUUGUGACGGUUGAAUGGUUGCUGCGUACGUUGAGACAUGUAUUUGGCAGACAUGCACUCGCUCUUGCCUUGCCACCGCAAAUCCGCAGACAAGCAACCGCCGGCACCUCAUAUCUCCAGUUGCGAUCUGGGGAUUAUAUCUUAGCCAUUCCUGAAAUGGCGACGGGACCGGGCACUACUGCUACAGAUGACGAAUCCUUCCUCCGCCACGCUGUGCCUUGGAGCUUGCCAUUUCGAAUCCUCGCCCCGGUUCGGAUACGGCUUUGGAGGCCAGGAGACAAGCUCCCACAACAAGUGUCGGUUGAGGCCGGUAGCACAUGGGAUCCGGACUUGCUCACCUUCUCCAGUUUUCUGCUUAGCCAUCUAGCUGGGUCUUGGGUGCCAGUGCCGUGGGUCAAUGACGAGGUGCCCAAUCUUGUCUGCGCUUCUGCACACCAGGACACGGCCAUUGUGCUCCAUGAGAGCGAGGGGGGCUGCUCUUGUGUUUGCCUGGACAAUCCGUGCACAGAGGAAAGCCUUGCCACAGCCCUGUCGGCCGCGCCCUCCACUCUGCGGAUUGUGGGAGGUGUGCUACGUGCCAACCGACCCUUCACUCUCCGUGAUGGGGACAUUGUUCUUAGCGCCUCACACACUCCACGAACCUCCGAGGAGAACAUUGUUGAUGCCCACCCCGUAAGCAGUACUUCAGGCGUGUCGCACAGCCAGGCCCUGUCCAGAGCUUUCCUUGUGGCUAUCCUCUCCGCGUUGUCGGACAACCCGCUUAUACGGCUGGGAAGUUUGCUGAGCAUCUUGAGCACCAGCCAAGCCAUGGAUACGGUCGCUGACAACACAUGCAGUCAGCCAGCCUCUAGCUCGAGAGAUCGCUCUAGGUCCCCGGUGAGCGAACAGCUGCGGGAUUUACCUGUUCAUGAAGCAGGCAGAGUGCACGCUAUCCCUCUGAUUGCGCAGUUGGCUGGUCCCAGUCCCGACAGCUGUCCUAUCCAGGUAUGGUGUCCCUUUGCAGGCGUUACCGCAGCGGUCUCAGUAAGGAUAGAAGCGUUCUGGCAGCAGAUUGAAGCUAUUGCCUUACAGCACUCCCCAACCGGUACUCAAGGGGUCGCAGUCUGUAACCCACCCUUGAGUAGAGGAUCUUUGCAGCUUGUCGUCAGAGGCCCUGCUGAAUAUGCUACAGUCAUCGUUGAUGGCCUGGGCACUACCUUUGCUGUGCUUCUGCCCACCGUCAUCACACUUGAUGCACUCAAGACUGCGAUGACGGUUCGGGUUGGUGUGCCGGUCCGCAUUGAUGUGCCGCUACCGUGUUUGAUUCUCGGUGCCAUUGACUCCAACUUGUACCUUCGCAACGGGGACCGACUCUCCAUUGCCUUGGCUUCUGCUCACCCACUUCGUCAGCUGGCUGCCUGGCCCUGGUUCCGGGACUGGCAGGAAGCGGGGCAGGAGGCGGUUUGGCACAACACCUUUCUGGUUGUCCACUCUGGAACUGUUGUCUUAUGGGCUCCGGAUACUCCGGCCACUGCCGUAGCCAUCCCGGGCGGUAGUCAUUGGGACCCUAGAGGGAUGACUAUUCGAAGCCCAGGCGGCCGGGCCCUCAACGGACGCUGGGUGCCCAUGCCGGUUCGUCCGAGCCGCAAGCCGUGGUUGCUGCGUCGCUCCGCCGACAAGCUGCGCCGAGCUGUGCUUCUCUCCGGCGACACCCCGGUCUGUCGGCACCUGCACCAGGCUGAAGCGGCCGCUUACCUGGAAGAAGGCGCCUAUGUUGUUUCUGCCGGAGUCAACGACAAGUUACCCGACCUCCCGGACCCCGAGCUCAGAGAUGGGGACUGGCUGGCUGUUGAUGAAGUUGCAGCCAGCGAUGUAGAGGUGCGAACGGUUAUCCUCAUGGACACGGACCUCCUGAUCAAUGGGAGACCCCUCAGUGGCCGUUUGCAGGGAGGUGCUCACAGGCCCAUUAACCCCGACGGAGAAGGCGGCAACAUCUCCCUAGCUCGGGAAGCAUGCUACUUGCUGGCAUGGGGUGCGCCCAGCUCCCCAGAACUUGCUGUCAGUACUGACGCAUGUGGUGCUGGGUAUUGCGAUCUCACAGAUGCUGCCGCACUUUUGGCCGACCUCUUGCAAGUCUGGGGUGCCCCUUUGCACACUGAGCUGCCGCAAGGCUCCCGCCUUGGGAAGGCCUGGCAAAGCUUUCCUGUAUGGCCUGGAGGUGUCCCCGACGCCUUGCUUGUGUCUACGGACGGUUCUGGUGAGGGCCACGGCGCCUCCGGCCUGGAAUGGCACCACCUCCCGCUUUGCACGGCUGCCGGCCUCCUUCCCGAAUUGAACAAUUUGGGCCGUGGCUAUGGGCUAUACUCCUGUCCUCCGCUCGUCCCCGAGCUGGGAGCCCAGCCCUCGUCCCAUGGGCAAGCAGCCGCUGGAGGUGCACGAGACUGUGCAAGGGUUAAGGUCGUCUCAGCCAAUAUUCAAACCAUCAAGGAUGAUCGCAAGUCCUUUUUCUCCGCUGCGGCUGGCGGCCAGCGCCGAGCUUUCUUGGGGAAGCAAGCCCAAGCCCUCUCCAUCGACGUGCUUUGUCUACAGGAGUGCAGAAGCAAUGCCGGAAGGUAUGCCGCUGGCCCCUACCUCACCUGGCGCAGCGGGCAUGAGAAGGGUCAGUACGGGGUCGAAAUCUGGGUCCACCAAGGUGCCUUUGGCGGCGACCUGCAGCUCCAAGACUGGCGAAUUGUGGCUUCUUCUCCCAGGUAUUUGGUAAUCCGUUGUCAACGGCCUGCCUUCCCGGUCGUCAUCAUUUCCGCACAUGCUCCUCACGCAGACAGGCCUCAGCAGGACAUCGUUGACUUCUGGUCCGCCUUGCGACGUGAGAUCCAUGCCUUGCCUCUCUCCACCCCCCUCCUUAUUGGAGUGGACGCAAAUGCGGACUUCACCGCGGCAGACGGUGAGGGUCAGCUCAUCGGGAUCUUGUGGACGGGCGCCCUCCACGGGAAGGGGAUCUGCAACUUCUUUCCUUCGCACAAGACCAUUUCCUUGAGGCUCCCGCCACUUGGAGCCGUUUGCAUCAAGGGCAAACCUGGACAUGGCAGCACUCUUCCGGCAAAUGCCGGUGCCACGAUCAUAUUUUGGUUUCUGCAGGUGGUAUCCGUGCGACAUCCUCGCAAUGCCUUCUGGAAUUUGAUAUCAUCAACAGCACUCUUGAUCACGUCCCGAUCUCCUGCAGCCUACAAAUCUGCGCAGAAACGGUGGCAAAUGCACAGGUUCCACCGGUUUGCCAAGGCUGAGCAGCGCCCUGACCGAGUUGUACCGCGGCAGCCGUACAUCUCUGAUGAAGCUCUCGAGGUCCUCACUGCUCUCAAGGAGCGACGCCGGCAGCUUCGAUCUCACGCACGAGUGUGUAGUCGUAAUCUGAUGCACUUGGCCUUCCGGAUCUGGAGCACGCCGGAUCGCCCUCGGGGUCAUGUUCGACAGUGUGUGCGAAAUGGGCACCGCACAUACGCCCGCACUUGGCUGGCGGUUCUCAGGAUGAAGGAGCAUGCGCACUGGCUCGCCAGGCGUGACAAGGCUGCCCACUUCCAACAGCUCACACAGAGUGCCACCGACUUCUGGCUUGACACCGGGCGAGCCAUGGAAGCCACUCACCGGCUUCGUUGGGCCUCAAAGCGCGCGGCCGAGCGACGCAAGGUUUUUGCUGCCGGAGGUCAUGACAUUGAUGCUGACUUGCUUCGGCAGUUCCAACAACAGGAAGAUGGUCAGCGUCUCACUGCUCAGGAACUGCAAGCUGAGCUGCGCAAAGCUUCUGCAAGCUCCUGUAGGCCGUGUUCUGGGGCCCUGCCGUCCCUCCUUGAUGUCGAGCAUCAAUGCCGACGGCAAAAACUGCGCAAAGCGCCCGGGCCUGACCGAAUCAGUAACGGUCUGUGGAAAGGUCAGCCUGUCGCGGCGGCCCAAUGGCUGUGGAUGCUGUGCGCGGACAUUGCGGGGCGAGGGAGGGAGCCCCCUCAGUUCAAGGCUGCGCUGGUGUGCGCCUUGCACAAAAAAGGCCCAGCCAGCGUCCCCAGCAAUUAUAGAUCCAUCGCGUUACUCAAUGGUAUCGCGAAGAUAUGGCACGGGCAUGUCCGCCACUCCCUGGGACAGCAAGUUCUCGGUGCCUAUCAUCCUCUCCAGCUGGGGGGCCGCCGCGGAGUGCACACCGGCUUUGCUGUGGCAUCCUUUCGAUCGCUUGUUGCCUUGAGUGACUUCACAGGCCGCUCGUGGUUCGCCUUGUUCCUGGACGUGCAAGCUGCCUAUUAUGAGGCGGACCGACAGCUUCUGUUUGGCGGGGACCAUGGAAGAGCAAGGCAGCGAGAAGCCUCACGCCUCGUUUCUGGCCUCCUCGCUGAUGGAGUCCUCCGUCACAGAGGCAUGGCCGAAGAUGUGUGUGCGCUCCAGGAGGAUUGCGUACGUUGCUCACAUUGGUCGCUGUGCGGUCAUGAUGCCAUCAUCCUAGCGGGCAGGGGUAGCCGGCCUGGCGACGGUCUGGCGGAUGUGCUCUUCGGGGCAAUUUUCGCACAAAUCCUUGAUGAUGUUGAGGCACAGCUUGUGUCCCUGCGGAUUGGCCACCGCUCAGCCUCUGAAGCCGUGGGCGGGCCAUGCAGGCCGAUUCAGAUCGCCUGGGCCGAUGAUCUCUCGGUCUUGGUUGACGCCGAUUCGGCAACCCAACUUGCUGAUGAGGUCCCUGUCGUUACGCGGGUUGUAGUUGAGACUGCCGAGAUGUACCGACUGAGGGUGAACCUCGGACCGGGCAAGACCGAAGGCCUCCUGCAUCUCAGGGGCCCAGGCGCCCCCGCUGCUCGUGCUGCUCUGCUCCUGCCGUCUCCGCAGGUCCCCUUCUCACCUGGCCGUACCCUGCGUCUUGUUGCAGAGUACAAGUACUUGGGGGUGCCACAGACAGCACCCGACAAUGGCCGCCGAGAUGCCGAAGCCUCUGUGCAGCGAGGUCAGGCCGCCUGGAGCCAAGCGAAUGGGCUCAUGCGCUCCCCAUCCCUUCCUGUCGAGGUCAAGGUUGCUUGGUUCACAGGCAGGGUGCUGCCGGCAGCAUACUCUAGCCUCGCCACUGCCCUUGUCGACUCGGGUCGGGUCUGGACCAUCUACCAGGGGUUCUUCGACAGAUGCCAGCGAUCCCUUGUUGCUUCCUGGUCGGUCUCUCAUCACCUGACGCGCGAGGCGCUCGACGUCCUGGUACCAGCCGCCACACCGCAAGUCGCCACUAUUCUGUGUCGGGCGCGCCUUGCAGUUCAAAUUGCCACCACUGCCCCUGCUGCCGUCCUUGAUCUUGUUGAGGCCUCUUGUGAGCGCGAUUUGCCGUGGACGUCCCUACUCAAGGACGCAGUAUGCACAGUUGGUACUUUCGCGGGGCUGUCUCCCGAUCAGUUACGGGACAGCCCGAUGCGGAUUGCCCGAGCCCACGAAAGACUCCUGAGAGGCGCCUGCCGACGGUUCGGCAGAUUCGGCUCCGGGCUGCUUGCCUUCCACAGGCUCUGGCGCAGCCGCGCCAUCCGUGUACAAACUGGCACCAUCGGACAGUCCCACCCCGUGCAGUGCCCAACGUGCGGAUGGAUUGGACGUACUGCCCAGGCUCUAGCGGCGCACCGGCACCGCAAACACGGCACCCUUGCCAGAGCUACUGAGCUCUGUAAUGGUACUACCUGCAGCUGGUGUUUGCGAGACUUCCAUUCUUCUGAUCGUCUCAAGUACCACAUCGCCACCUCGGCCGGACGUCGCCUUCCCCUGGAGAUUUCUGUGGGGGCGCACCACCAAUACGGGUCGGGUACGAAACGGCGAGGCCCGCAGCAACAUCGCCGGCUGCCCCCGAUUCAGCUGUGCGGUCCUCGCAACGCGACACCGGCUGAGAGGCACGCUUUGGACAAUGAUCAGCCGUGGGAUGCCGCCGCUCUUCUUGUCGAGUGGGAAGAGGCCCAGGCCUCUCCCGAGGUCGAGGAAACCCCACACACCGGAGCAGCUGAAUCCGAAGCGGCCACUGCUCCCGGUCUGCCUGCCUCUGCCUCUGCGCUUGCGAUUGCCCAGCUGGCCGGCAGAAGCUUCUUCUUCCAGGGCCAAGGCCAUGCUCCAUCUCCCCUCUGGUCUGGCUUGCGGCGAGGAGCUGCCGGCUGGUGGCUUCCACACAAUUGGCAACACCUCGCACGGUUUUGGCAAGCCAUGGCCGAUUCUGCUGCCCUCUCGCCCUCAAUCCUGACUGGUUACCGGGCGGCCAUCCGCUCCCUUGCGGAUGUCCGUGACGUCCCGGCUCAUUGCCCGGUAUCCGGGGGAAUCUCCGCUACGGGCCCUGAGCUUCUUCUGCGGCAUACUCUCACUUUUCUGCACCUUGCUCGGCUGGUGCCGUUGGGUCAUGCCUUGUGCUCUGAUGUACCACCCAGCAGUUGUCUGCGCGCGGCUUUGGGUUGCAUUUGCCCGGAUGCCGCUUGGUCUCUCACUGUCGUUCGGGAUCAUCCUGCUUGGAUUUUCGCUUCUCUCGGUUCUUCCCUGUCGCGGCUUGCCUUCCUUUUCCGGCAUCCGCCCUCUCCUCUGGCUUUCGCGGCUCCCCAUCAGCUGUCUUCUCCCUGA